CGUCGCUCCAUCUACUGUCAGCAACUGAAUUUUCCUAUUACAUUCUUAUAUCGGCCUUUAUCUAAACAAACAUAAUAAAUCGAAACAAAGAAAAGUUCAACUUCAAAUUUUCUUCAUCAUAUAGUUUUGGACGUUGUAGCUGAUAGAUUUUGAUCGUACGUUAUUCAUCUCCAAGUCAACGAAGUUACAAUGGCAAUGUCUAAUCGAUUAGAAAAGGUUGUAAAUACUUACAAAUUAUUAUCAAAAAAUAGUACUUUGAAUUCAGCUAAAAUUAUAAAUGUUACAAGUAAAAAUAUAUUUAUACAAAGUGUAUGGAGUCAGAAGAAUCUAGAAAAACAAACUAAUCAACGUUUUAUACAAAAUCAUUUUCUAAAUGAAGAUUUCCAACCUGCAGUGGAAAGUUUUCCAAUUGAUAUUACACAAGAACUUGUGUCAGCUAUUUCAGAAGAUGGAGUAUUUAAAGCUAUAUUACGAAGUAGUACCGUUGAUAAUAAAACAAAACAAUAUAUUGAAAUUUGGAACAAACAAAAUAUGAUUAAAAACUACGAUUUAGCAGCGUUAGAUGUACAUGGUGAUAUUUAUGUAGACGACACCAAAUUUGGUACUUUCGAGUGGUCUCCGGACAGAGCAAAAUUAUUAUACAUUGCAGAGAAAAAGUUACCAAAAUCUGAAGCAUUUUAUAAACAAAAGUCUUUAGAUAAAAAAAAUGAAGAAAAAAAGGAGAAAGAAGAAAUAAUACCUGGUAAUGAGUAUAUUUAUAAACCUGAUUGGGGAGAACAAUUAGUAAGCAAACACUAUCCUGUUGCUGUAAUACUUAAUAUAAAGACAGACUCAAUAACAGCACUAUCAGAAAUACCAGAUCAAUAUUCUCCAGGACAGUUGCUGUGGAUGAAAGACUCUAAAAGUAUAAUCGGUGUCGUUUGGACACAUGAACCAAGACAUUUAGGACUUAUUGCGUGUACAAAUAGAAAAUCCUGGAUUUUUUCUUUGAAUAACGGGGAAUUUCGUCUAUUAUCUAAAGAUGGGUGUGCAGUACAAGCACCUAAAAUUAGCCCAGAUGGAAAAUAUCUUGUUUGGUUAGAAAGAAGUGCUAGUGGACCGCAUCAUAAUGCUCAUAGACUUAUGUAUCUCGACCUUGAAUGUACUCAAAAGGAACCUAUUAUAAUUACUGAUAUUAUUGACUCUGGUAGAACUAUUCACAAUGAAAAAUUAUUUUAUGGGAUAUAUGGUCGAUUACCACAACGUUGUUGGAGCAAAGAUGGUCGAUAUUUGUUUUACAGUACUGCUCAGCGAACAAAUAUACGAUCUUAUGUAAUUGAUAUGGAAGAGAAAAAUAUGAUUGAGAUACAAAAUGACGAAAGUUCACUCACCAUCUUAGAUGUAAAAGAUGAUAUAAUUGCAUUUGCACUAACAUCUCUUUUAAAACCAUCGACACUUUAUGUAGGACGUCUUGAUCCCACACAGUUUAAGAAUGGAAAUAUUACAAGAGUCAAUAUCACUAAUUCGCAAGAGAUCGAUGACUUCAAAUCACUUAUGUAUAAACAUACAAUUUAUGAGUAUGAUAAUGAUGAUGAUAUCAAAACAUUUAAUUUUACGUAUUUUGGACCAAAAGAUGGAAAAGAAAAAUCAAUACCGUUAAUAGUAGCACCACAUGGAGGUCCACAUUCUAAUUUUGUUAAUGCUUUCUCUUUUGAUUAUUCUUUGCUUGCACUCAUGGGGAUGGCAGUGUUACAAGUUAAUUAUCGUGGCUCUACUGGAAUGGGUGCGAAAAAUGUAGAAUUUCUUCAAGGAAAAGUUGGCGAUGUAGAUGUAAAAGAUUGUGUUACUGCCACUAAAGAAGCUUUAAAUAAGUACCCAUGGCUCAGUCCUUCACAUGUGGGUGUUUGUGGUGGUUCUCAUGGUGGAUUUUUAGUAGCACAUUUAACUGCUCAAUAUCCAGACCUAUAUAAAGUCGCUGUCGCUAGAAAUCCAGUAAUUGACAUUGCUGCUAUGUACACUAUUUCGGAUAUUCCAGACUGUCGCAAUACUUUAACUGCGGAAGAGAUACUUGCAUAUCAGCAUAAUGUGUGCAAGGCUGUGAUAAAUAUGUCUGAUCCAGUUGUACCGUCAACUGUAGGAGUCAUGGAAAUGUUUGUAAAAAUGUAUAAUUCUUCACCUAUUAUUCUUGUCGAUAGAGUUAAGGCUCCUACUCUUAUAUGUAUUGGUACAAAUGAUCUAAGAGUUCCAUCUUCACAAGGAAAACUGUGGUACAAUCAUCUUAAAGCUAAUAAAGUCAAAACAAAAAUGCUUGUAUAUGAGGACAAUCACCAGCUGGGAUCAGGUACUGCUGAGAUGGAUUCUCUUAUUAAUCUUUGUUUAUGGUUAAUGAAACACAAUAGUAUUGAUGAAGAAGAUAAUUCUGGUUUACCAGCAAUAUUGUAAUGAUAGAAAAGAAGAAAAAGAAAA